GUCACGUCCGGUUUAAACCGGAAAAAGUCACCAUCCUGAAUCUGUCAUGGCUGUGAAAAUGAAUGUUUUGGCGCUCCCAAUAUUAGUUUUACUAACGUCCGUGGUUCUGUUACAUUUAUUCAUCUGUCCUUUCACCAAAGUGGAAGAAAGCUUCAACUUGCAAGCGGCCCACGACCUCCUGUAUCACACGUUUGACUUUGACAAGUACGACCACCACGAGUUCCCCGGUGUGGUACCACGAACGUUCAUCGGUCCCCUGCUCAUCUGCAUCCUUUGCUCCCCUGUUGUCUUUCUGUCUUCUCUGCUGGGCGCGCCCAAAUUCUCCACACAGCUCAUCGUCCGAGCCUCUCUGGGAGCAUGCGUGAUCGCUGCGCUGUGGCACAUGCAGCGAGAGGUGAAGAGGCAGUUUGGCUCCACGGUGGCCCUCCUGUUCUGCCUGAUGUGCGCCUCUCAGUUUCACCUCAUGUUCUACAGCACCAGGACGCUCCCUAAUGUGUUUGCGCUACCGAUUGUCCUGGUUGCAUUCACCUCUUGGAUGGCUCAAAAACACGGCAGCUUCAUCGGCCUCUCCGCCUUCGCCAUCAUUGUGUUCCGCUCGGAGCUCUGCAUCCUGCUGGGUCUUAUGUUGCUAAUAUCUCUGUUGAGCAGAACGCUGCGCUUCACGGAACUUCUUUACUAUGCCGUUCCCGCUGGAUUGCUCUCAUUGGCUCUGACUGUGGCGAUCGACACGUUCUUUUGGAGGAAGCUUUUGUGGCCAGAAGGCCAGGUGUUUUGGUACAACACUGUUCUCAACAAAAGUUCCAACUGGGGAACCUCACCCUUUCUCUGGUAUCUCUACUCGGCUUUGCCCCGCGGACUGGGCUGCACGCUGCCACUGAUCCCCGUCGGGCUGCUGGACCGGCGGAUGAGGAUCCUACUGCUACCCCCAGUGGCCUUCAUCCUCGUCUACUCGCUGCUGCCGCACAAAGAGCUGCGCUUCAUCAUCUACACCUUCCCCGUACUCACUCUCAUAGCUGCCCGAGGCUGCUCUUUUAUUUUAAGCAACUAUUACAAAUCGUGGAUGUACAAACUGGGCUCGGCUGUCGUGGUGGGCCAGCUGGUGACGAACGCGGCGUACUCGGGUGUUUGCCUGUACGUUUCCCAUCACAAUUACCCAGGAGGCCGAGGGAUGCAGGAACUGCACAGGCUGUUGCCGCCCACGGCAGAGGUCUUUGUUCACAUUGACACCUACGCUGCUGAAACAGGAGUAUCUCGCUUCUUAGAGCAAAAUCCACACUGGAGAUACGACAAACGAGAGGAUCUGGACCCCGCAAGUCCCGAAAUGGAAAUGUUCUCGCACCUCCUGAUGGAGGCAAACGCCACCAAGAUGGAGCUCCUGCGUGACACUCAUCGGCCCCUGGCCUUCGUGCAAGGCUAUGACGGCAUCGCUCGCCACUGGUUUCGCUUGCCUCCGUUUAGCGUGAGGUUGGCAAGCAAAACCGUGCUGAUGCAGAGGACCACGUUCAAGGAGUCUCAUUGAGGAGUCAGGUGACCGGCAUUCUUACUUCAUCUCCUUCGGGGAGUUUACAUGAAAGAAGCACAAGUAUGUUGGGCGAUUCCUUUAGGUGUCAUUUUUUGUGGUCGAGGGGCGGGUGUGUGUGUGUGUGUGUGGUUGUCUGCUAUAAAGACCAAAUUAUUCUAAUUCAUUCUCUUCUUGGCUUUCGGAUAUUCAUAUUUUAUAUUUUAUACAGGGGGAAAAAAAAGCCUAAAUUGAAUCGACUUGCAGACGAAAAAGCCGUUUCGAAAUGAAAAUCAAACGCAGGCGUUUACCGUAAGGAAAACCUUUAUUUACAAAGGGCCACAUUUGCGUGGUUCCAGUUUCAAUGCUCAACAUUUAUCAAAUCAAGUUCAGAUUUUCUUAUAAAAAUGUACAGUACAUUUCUUGACUCAAACCCAUAAAUUAAUCCCCUGAACAGAAACUGAAAUUGUGCUUACGAGACAAAUUGUAUAUUAUAUUCCAAACCUCUCAAUUCUGAAAAUACAACAAUAUCUUAGUUUUAUUAAAGCGAAGAAAAAAAAAGUAGUAAAACUCCGAACAACAGUACCAUGAGCCGCAAUUUCACAAUGAAAAAUUAAAUAACAUUAAGUUAAAACAUCUUUCAGUCACAGCAUUUAUUUUUGGGCCACGUUUUCAAGAAAACUCUGCAUCAGUAAUGUGGACUAUUCAAAAGCAAACCCGACAUGGAUUACGCCGAUUCACCCCAAAAAAAAUGUACAGCAUUUUUGACCUGAAGUAGAUUUUUGGAUAAGGCACAAGGAGAGAGCUGAGAAAAAAAAAAAAACUAAA